CACUUCUCUCUGAGAAGAGCAUUUGUUUGAGUUUGGAGACCGAGGAUUGCUUGAAUCACGGACUAUCAUCUUAAAAAUUAAAAAAGAAACUCACCAAACUAGUGGUUUGCAGUUGGGUGAAAAAGGAUUGAAGCUUAAAUAAACAAAAGCUUCUGCGUCAGAAAUCUAGAAAGGAAACAACAACAAUCCCUACGAUGAAAAUUCGAGUGGUUCAGAUCUGGGGGUUCCUGAUGACGGUACUGGGUUGGAUCUUCGUGGCCUGCACUAUGGCAAUGGAGGGCUGGAAGAUUGCCUCCGUUGGGGGCAUGGGAGGUUCGGCUGUCAUCAAGGUAGCCUGGCACUGGACUAGUCUGUGGAGAUCUUGUUUUACAGACUCAACUGCUGUCACCAACUGUUAUGAUUUCCCUGUACUCUGGUCUGUGGAAGACUAUGUCCAAAUAGUGCGAGCCCUGUUGAUGUCGGCUCUUUCUGUAGGCAUGCUGGGGUUUGUACUUAGUCUUUUGGGUAUGGAGUGCACCUACAUUGGAGGAAAAGUACAAUCAAAAUACAAGAAGAUCUACAUCGGUGGAUGUUGCCACAUCAUCAGUGGAGUGCUGUCCACAUCUGGGUAUGGUGUCUAUGCACAGUAUGUCUAUGCAAUACAUAUUGACCCUGGCCCCACUGGACUCCAGUUUAACCUUGGCACCCCAAUAUUUCUCGGCUGGGUGGGUUCAGCCUUUCACAUCACUGGUGGUGCCUUCUAUCUAUGGUCAGUGUGCACACCGCUCUGUGGAGGAGAGAAAAAGGUGAUUGUCAAGGGACUGCCAGACCCAUUGCAAAAGAAGUCCACCACAUCUCUGUCCACAGUGUCGGAGAUCACAUCCAAGACCAAACUGUCCUCUAUUUCUGAACUAUUAUCAAGGUCUGAGGGCUCAGAUUUAUCUAGCAUUGCCUCAAGAUCCAGACGCACGGCCAAGUCAAGGCGUUCCACCCAGUCAGAAAGGUCUGAAAGGGUUGAGCUGAAGACAGAUUUAGGAUCAAGAUCAGGAUCUGGGUCACAGUCUGGCCUGUCUUCAAGGUCCAGCCUAUCAAGUCUGUCAGAAGUGAGGAGUGGCAGGAACAGCCAGAGAAGCAGGGCACAAACUUCCAUGUCAGGCACUUUAGGGAGUGAGAUUGCACCAUUUGUCAAAAACUCUUAUAUUUGAAAUAUGAAUUAUUAGGUGUAAAAAAAACUUCAGAGCAUGUGAUGACCAAGCAGUCAGAUGCUUCAAGAUUUUAAUAUGUGACGGUAUAAAUUGCAUUCAGUUGUCUGUUUUGUAUUAAUUAAAGUGUCUGACAAAUGUUUUAUUGGAUUUUUUUCUCUCAGAUUUGUAAGGUUGUUGUUUCCACACAUCAACUUCUAAAAAAGAUGGAAGACUUUAGGUAACCUUUGAGACAGCAAAUAAAACCCCACCAGUCUAAUCAGGUCAAGCUGACUGUAAACAAAAAGACUCGAAGAAGACUAAAGCAAAUGGCUUGUGUCUUUUAAUAUCUUAUCAUUGCUGGUGUACUGCAUAUAUUUACCAAAUGAAAGGGAUGUGGAGGAGACUGGGUCAGAUCCAGGGGCUACUGCUUAGCAUACUAGGCUGGAUUUUUGUGGGUUGCACACUUGCUAUGGGCCACUGGAGGUAGGCUGAUCAUUCAUCUACAGCUAGAGAUUUCUGAUGGACAGAAAAGAAAAAGUGUAGACUGUUAGAUUUUGUUAAAUAAGCUUGUGCUUCUUCCUACUCCUUUUUGAAAAUGUAAGUUAUAAUUAUUAUUGCUUUGUUUUCCUUUUGUUUUGCUUUGUUUGUCUUUUUCCCUCUUUUGUUGUUGUUACUAUUUUAACAUGUUCAAA